AUGGAUUACAGGGCGUGGUCGUUUGUGCUUGAAGAUUCAUUCUUACAAUUUAAUUGGGGAAGAGAAGCAAAAUUAAAUACAUAUACCAGCAGACGUUUUAAACCAAAAUUUGUUGGAGUAGUACUUGCCUAUUUAAACCGUGAUAACUACACUCAACGUUGCACAAGUGACGAACCCGAUCGAAUCAUCAUUCAACGGUUAUUUCCUAACAAUAAAGUUUUUCGUGUGAUCGUAGCUCACGAUAAACAAGAAGCCUUGACAAUGACAGAACAUGAUAAACAAGAGGUUUUGACAAAACGUGAUAAAAAAAUCAUGACAGAACAUGAUAAACAAGAACCCUUGACAAAAUAUUACUUCGAUAAAGACAGACCCGUUGCGAGUUUCAUAUACUUUGAUGAUACAAGAGCGCUUAUAGUAGAUUUUACAGAUGAACCCAAUGAUUAUGCCGAGCAUGCAACUGAUUACCUUCUCGUAUUUUACGAUGAAAAAACUUACAAGAUAAUGUCAAUUCGUAUAAAUUCACCAAAACAUAUUCGAGGGGUAAAUAUUGACGAGCCAUUCUUUACACUUAAUCCCACUUAUGAUGAGGAACGCGACGUAUUUAAAAUUAACUUUGCAGAUUCUAUUUCCAUGACUACAUUCCAAAAAACUGAUCUUGAGGAUGUCGAGUUAGAAAUAGAUAAUGAAGAAAAACUCGUUACAAUAUUAUUUCACAACGCUAGUAUCAAGAUAGCAAACAUCAAAUAA